UGGUUUGUUUGGAGAGGAAAGAAUUUCAACCACCACGUUAAGAAUUUAAAUAAAUAGUCUGUAUGGAGGUAAAUAUACUAGCUAUAUAUUUUCAGUGACACAACAACUACUAACCCACCUGUGACGCAGUCGACAAUUUCAAUUAAAUGUCAGGACCUUAAAAAGUCACUAAAGAUGCCGCUUUUUGGAAACACAUUCAGUCCGAAGAAGACUCCACCUCGCAAAUCUGCAUCACUGUCCAGUCUUCACACGUUGGAUCGCUCAACCAGAGAGGUGGAGCUGGGUCUUGAGUAUGGACCUCCUGUGAUGAACAUUGGAGGUCAGAGCUGGAGAUUUGAAGAUGGACAGUGGAUGACAGAAUCUAGCGGGAAUGCUUCUGGUAGGGAAUUGCAGCGGCUUAAGAAAAGAAAUGUACAACUGGAGGAGGAGAACAACCUCCUGAAACUAAAGAUUGAAGUUCUCUUGGACAUGUUGACAGAGACUACCGUAGAGUACCACCUGAUGGAGAAAGAAGUGGAAGAUAUAAAGACUCAACAUCGAAGAAAGAAAUGACAAAUCUGAUGCCUUGAUCGUAGGUUAUGUUAUAGAGUUUGAAAUUUUUUGUUGAAAAAAAAAAAGUUCAUUUUAUGUGUUGCUCAUAAAAACAGAUAUAAAAUAUAGAGAAAUAAAAGUGCUCAUGAUUUUUCUCACAAUGAGAACUUGUGUUGUAGGUCUCGGCCCAGCUUGUAUUUAUUGGAAAAGCAGGUGUCGUUGAAUGAGGUUCAGUGACUGUUUUUAUUUGCUCUGUCCUGCAUUUGUUUAAUAACCAUGAAUACGAAACACCUGUGAGUAUCUUGGUUAAUACACAGCACAUUUUCUACAUCUUUUACAUCUGUAUCAAAAGUAUAAGCCUUUUCAGACAUUUUCCUUAGAAGAUUUUUUGUAUCUACUGUAUUUUCUAUUCCGAUUAAAACUGAGGAAAACAA